AUGGACGUCACUGCACUCUCCGCGCUGAUGGAAGUGCUGGAUCAGAGACAGGAGGCUGCGGAGAGAAAGAGAGGAGAGAUAUACGAUCGAGAAGAUUGGAAUCAGAGAAGCACCCCAAGUACCAGAAGGACCCCUCAUGGUGCCCCCUUAGCGCGGGCGCAGAAAAUGACAAUGAAAGAUGACCCGGAGGGAUACCUGGUCACCUUUGAACAGCUGGCUACCGCCACUUCAUGGCCUCGGGAAUACUGGGCUAGUCGGCUGGGCUCCUGCCUGAUCGGGGAAGCCCAAGCAGCCUAUCAGGCCAUGACCGAGGAUGAGAUUUCAAAGAAGGGAUUUCCUUCCCGGACACUAAAAGACAGGCAGCGGAAUUUGGAAGCUGUGCGGAAGCUGAGGCCAGCCAAUGAGGUCACUGUGUCUGUAUCCAGCCGGACGGACAGCGGGGUGCACGCGCUCUGUAACUCUGCCCAUGUGGACAUCCAGAGAAAGAGUGGCAAGCCUCCCUUCACAGAGAGGCUUCUUGUUGAUGCUUUAAAUUACCACCUGAAGCCUGAACCCAUCAGUUAUUGUAAAAUGGAUGGAAAAUCUGAGCAUAACAGUCUGCACACCCCAGACAGGAAAGCCCCUGAUUCCAAAGAGAAACAGGUGGAAACCGUGGAGGCUGGACAUAGCAGAAGCCCUGACCCCCAAGCAAGCCUAAAUUUACCAAAUGCCAGACUCCACAGGAAAGAAAACCCAGUCCAGAGGCCGCUUAACUUCCACCUGGCUCCCCCUAACCCCCCUUUCCCCCCUCACGCCUCCCGGCCCCCGUUCAGAGUCCACCAGCAGCAGCAGCAGGCCCCUCAGAAUCACUUGCCCCUGCAACCUGGCCAGGUGCACCAACUGACCCAGCAGCAUUCAUCCCAGCUAUCUCCAGCCUUCCAGGCCGGUCACAACCCCCCCUUCUUCAACCCCCUCCCUCACCGGGGCUUGCACUCCCCGAACCUCGAGGCCAUGGCUCCGGAGCAGCCCGCCAUGGUGCCGGAGGAGAUGAAUAAUGCGGUGAGGCCCGUUCCACAGCUCAACGCACCACAGCCGCCGCCAGCUCAGCCCAGCCGGCUCAACAGCUUUGUGGAAGAAAACUCUGAGGCGGCAGCCCUGGGAGAAGCGCUAGACAUGCAGGGGGUCGGCACGCUGGAAGCUCUAAGUCAGCAGACGAGACUGCACCAGUGGAAUGAACACAAUCACUUUCUGCAGAGCAACAUGGCUUUCCCUCUGCAUCAGCAGCUGGCUCAUCCCCUAGCCCAGCAGGCCCUGCGCUUCCCCCAGCAGCUCAUCAGAGGCAACUGGAGGCUGGGCAACAAUGCAGAGGAGGAGCCUGGACCAGGAUACCCCAGGUUCCCCGGUCUGCUCAGAGAGGUGCCUCCUUCAGAGCAGGGUGAGCUACGGGACCUGCCGGAGAUGCCCCCUCCCCAGUCUCGCUUGCUGCAGUACAGGCAGGUCCAGCAGGUCCAGCCCCGCAACCCUGGAGCCCUCCCCUCCCCUUCGUCCAACUCCAAUCACACCGGCCACUUCCCAGGCCCCUACGGAGACACCAACCGGGAGCUUGAGAUGAUCAACAGCCAGGCUUUUCAGCAGCACCAAGCCCAGAUGUUCAACAAUGCCUUCCCCAUGGCAGCCGGACACACCACCCCUCCUCCAGUGAAGUACCUGCUCCCUGAGGCUCAGUGGCCGCACCCUGGCCUGCAGCAGAACCACAUUCUGGGGCAGGGCUUUCACUAUGGCAUGCAGCAGUUAGCCCACAGACAGGAGCAGGUCCACCUGAUGCAGAUGCACCAGCAGCAGCAGCAGCAGAAGCAGCAGCAGCAGCAGCACCAACAGCAGGCCAUCAAUCAGGAAUCAUUUCACCCACUCUCGCCCCAAACGGUGUCUGCUGCUUCACUUCACAACAUAGAAGAGUAUGAACCUAGAGGACCAGGCAGGCCACUGUACCAAAGAAGGAUCUCUUCUAGUUCUGUGCAGGCUUUCCCUGAAGAUUCAGGCGCUGCUCCAGGUGGUCCCGGUCAGUGUAAGGAGCUUCCGGACCAUCGUAGCAAUCUCUCAUACAACUACCCAUCCCCAGAGCUGUGGGCCAGCGCCAACUCCUCUGUGCCAUUUCAGAACAUUCCAUGCAAUGGAGCCAGCAGAGUAGUUCUGCACAGGGACCUUUUAGCUUCAAAGGUAGUCUGUUCAGCAGAGGAGCACAUGAAGGCUGAAGGUGUGCAGCAGCUGUCGAGUUCGUUCAAUUACACCACGCUGCAGCACCUCGGCCAGUUCCCCCCGCUCAUGCCCAGCAAGCAGCCGAGUCCUGAACCGUGCAGCAGCGCCAGCGGGCUGCAGAACCCUGGCAUGGGCAAACCCCCCACCAUGUCGUAUGCUAGCGCCCUGCGGGCACCCCCCAAACCAAGACCCUUGCCCGAGCAGACGAAAAAGAGCAGUGAUCCCCUGGCCUUGUUACAGGAGCUCAGCAUAGGCAGCUCAACAGGUAGCAAUGGAUAUUAUUCUUACUUCAAAUAAAUUCAAAUCAAUAUAAAAAAAA